CAUGGUCUUCCCAUCCUGAGUUGUGAUGGCGGUCGUCGUUGGUCAUUCCCAGGGACAUAUGUGCUGUUUGGAUGGAUCUUUUUUAUGAGAGAUAAAGGAUUUAUUGAGGCAGCUGUGAAAGCAAACUGGAUGGAGAUGAGUCAAGUGGAAGUGGAGGAGAGCAUCAUGUCAUACCUGUCACACAGCGAGACUGACGCCAGCCCCAAAGACUUGAAUGUGGUGGCGAUGCUCCAUAACUUCUGGGAGCAGAGGCAGACGACUCAGUCCAACGGUUCCUCUGAUGAAUCAGACGGUUCUGUUGGGGAAGCCCCCGUCCACACUGAGAGCUUACUGCUGUACGAGUCUGCUGCGUCCCCCGGCCCACCAUACGUCUGCUAUGUGACCCUGCCUGGAGGAAGCUGCUUUGGGAACUAUAAGGUGUGUGACACCCAGGCAGAGGCUCGGCGGGACGCAGCUCGCGUGGCUCUGAUGAACUCUCUUGUGAACGAGCUGCCGUGUCGGCGCAUCAACCCUCAGUUCAUCACUCACAGUUUGGAGCAGGCGGCCACAGACAGUGCUGUCACUAUGGAGGAUUCUUGUGAUUCAAGCACCAGUAUAGGAACCUACCGUUUGCUGCUUCAUUCCUACAAAGGAAAGACAAUGUUGGAGUUUCAGGAAAUGAUGACAAUUUUCCAGUUGUUGCAGUGGAACGGGACACUGAAGGCUCUUAGGGAGAGGCAGUGCUCUCGGCAGAGUGUGAUAUCCUAUUACUCCCAGAGAGGACUUGAUGAGUACAUGCGCAGCAGCAUGGCUCUGGAUUGGCUGGGGCGGGAGCAGAGGUCAGCGGGGCGCCUGGGGGAGGAGCUGCAGGUGGCGCAGAGGGAGCUGGUGUUUGCCCGCCGCCGAGGCAUAGAGCUGCGCUUCUACAAGGAGAAGACAGAGAUCCUCAGCUUGGCUCUGAGUCAGGCAUAUAUUCACCACACACCUGAGGCCUUCAGUGAGGCGUCCAGUCACCCAUACAAGCAAGAAGAACUUCCUCUACACACAUUAUUCAGCCACAUCACAGACGUCCAGAUAACCCCACCCUGCAGUCCUUCACCACCCCUCCAACAAACACAAAGGAAACAGUCUGUCACACCUCUGGCAAACACUUCAGCUCAUAACAGUCCUGCUCCGUGCUCACAGUACACAUUUCUGCCUUGAUUUUAAAAUAGACGGAAGCCGAAAGUAAAGGAUGGACUUUGUCUUUGUAAUAGAGCUAAAACUUUUUCACUGGAGAUGUCACAUCACAUCUAUGUAAACCUUAGAGUUCUGUUAAAAAGAUUGUGCUAAGUUUUGUCUAUAUACUAAUGUUCUAACCUUACGUACGCUCUUUUGUGACUAUAGAACAAGGAACUUGAGCUAGAUAGGGUAUUUUAAUCUCCUACACACCAGAAAAGCAGCAUUCAAAUUAGUUAAAUUCAUUUGCUGGAUGUAGUUAAACUAUAAAAAGUGUCUGGCUCUCUAAGUUUGUAUGAAGAGCACUCUGCUUUCCUGCCUUAGCUUGUAUACUGUAUAAGUUCAGUUGUGUUUUCGUUUUGCCUAUAUUAUGAUUUAAACAGGAGUUUAAAAAUGAUAUAUUUAACCCUGUUACUAUUCAAUUAAAUUAAAUCAAUGAACUACUUUAUCUACCAGCAACUCCUCCCUCCCUGCCUCACUCUUCCUUUCUUCUUAUCUGCCUAGCAUGUCAUCUGGCAUGUCAAUUCCCUAAAUGGAAAUUAUUUGCCAAGGCAAUUCAGGAUACUGACGGACCCUGUGACAAGUUGCAUGAUGUGUUGGAGGUCUGCUAUGAGACAGUAAUAAAUCACACAUGAUGUCAUUAUGUCAGAGAGAAGCUGGAUAUAAAAUACAACCUGGUUUGUAUUUAUCAGGACACAACAGGAUGGCUGGUCAUGUCAUCAUUUUAAGAACUAGCAAAAUGUUCCUCAUUGUAAAAAUGCAUAGUGAUUUAGAGCAUUUGAUUAUCUUUGGUUGGAUUGGUUGGUGGAAAUGAACGUAUUUUAAAGGGAAAAUGUUUUGUGUUUUUUUAUCAUUUUUGUACAUGUUUGGAAAUAAAUAUGUUUUGCUACUCAUGACCUGCCUGUUGAUUCACUGCUUUUGAAAGUGUAGUAUGGCCUAUUACAGACAUGAUCACAUAUUAUUCUGAAACUGGCCCUUCUGUAAAUUGAAUACAAUUGUUUAUGUACAUGAAGUAUGUUUUGAUGCUAAUAUU